AUGACAGUGAACAACUCUACAACUCAGAUCCCCCGACAUCGUCUUCGAAAUGGACUAGAAUCUGGUGAAGCGAUGUUUGGGUGUUUCUCCUCAUUGGCCACCGCUUGGACCGCCCGAAUCGUAGCGUCAUGUGGUUGGGAUUAUGUGAUAGUAGACUGCGAACAUGGGAAUCACGAUGACGGAGACAUGCAUGAUUGUGUGAACGCGAUCGCCGCAGAAGGAGUCUCGCCGAUUGUGAGAAUCAGGGCACAAGAUUCGGGUCUGAUCAAGCGAGCUUUGGACACUGGCGCUCAUGGUCUCAUGAUACCCAUGGUCAACACGUCUGAACAAGCAGCCCAGAUAGUCAAAUGGUCCAAAUUCCCACCAAUGGGUGUACGAGGUCAAGGCUCAUCCUUUUGCGCCAUGGCUUCUGGUAUAUCUACCAGCGAAUACGUCAAAGUCGCCAACAGCACCAUUCUUACCCUGGUCCAGAUCGAAACACCCGAGGCAAUUGCUAAUGUGGAUGCUAUCGCGGCUGUUCCUGGAGUGGAUGGGCUGUUCGUCGGUCCAAAUGAUCUCGCCUUGUCGCUUUUGGGAUAUGUCCCCGCCAAAUGGACAGAGCCUGAAUUCGUUGCGGCACUGGAGGCAGUCAAAGAGGCAGGUAGGAAGCAUAAUAAAUACGUGGGGAUUCUCGCUAAGAAUGGCGCGCACGCGAGAGAGCUCAAGAACGAUUGGGACAUAGUAGGCUUGGGUUCGGAUUCCAAAGCUUUAUCAACAGCUAUGAAAGCGACGUUGGAUACUAUCAAGAAAUAA